UCGAGGCGCGGAUGGAGGGCGGGACCUAAACUGAGAGAACACCAAUGACAAUGUGCAGCGGGAUUUCACGUCCUUCCGUGUGCGCGCUCCCACAAGGCACUGGUGUUUGGGAAGAGAGACGGAAGACUGCUAACUUCUUGCAAAGUCUUCGCCGACGCGCCGAACGUGCUUCGGGUGUUUGUCUGCCACCUAUCUGGACUCCUCAGGAUGUCAGCCUCAGUCCCUCAAGGCCAUAACUGGGCCCGACGGGUAAAGAAGGAAGAGGAAGAAGAAGAUCCACUGGACCAGCUCAUUUCCCGUUCUGGUUGUGCUGCUGCGCACUUGGCAGUGCAAGAGUGCAUGGCAGAGCACCAGGACUGGCGGCAGUGCCAACCACAGGUGCAGGCCUUCAGGGACUGCAUGAGCGAACAGCAGGCCAAGAGACGGGAGGAGCUGCAGAGAAGAAAAGAACAAGCCAGUGCCCACCACUGAGACACCACCUGCUCCAAGAGGAUGAAAAUCAGCACCCAGACAGAUCACAGGAGGAAGAAACUCUAAAGUAUGAGCCAGGAGGUGUAAAACUUGUAAAUAGUCUUUGGGAAUAGGCUUGAGAACCACACAUCAGGAGUUUGGACAUGGCUGUCAAAAAGACCUGUCAUAUUUUAAUGGUCAGAUAUCCCACAUUUUCAACCAUCUUGUCCCACCCAUAUUUGCGUUGGAAAACACAAGAGUGGUAAGGGAUACGCUACCCUCCAUACCACCUCUUGGGUCAGUGUGCCAAGUCUGAGAUGAUUAUAGGAACGUUUCAAUUUUAGAAGUAAAUUCACAACCUAAAGAUCUAAUCAGGUCUGUCUCUUUAGUCAUGGGUUGAACAACAGCAAGUGUUUCUGAGGCACAAUUUUGGAACUAAUGUGAGGAAUAAUGUGACCUGUGCCUUCAUAUUGCUUGGAGUUGAGUUUGAGGGAUUGAAAUAAAACAACUGGAACAACUAAA